AUGCCUCUGUCUACCUUUCUUCCACCACUAUACACUCGUCCUACACCAAACUACGCUCAAGUGCCUCCCCAUCUUCGCACCAGAAUCACUCCUCCACGCCGCUCCAUGCGCGUCCAGUCUGGCAUUGGAACAUCAAAGUCCAUGAACCCUAAACCUUUCUACUUUAUCAUUUCAGACUCUGAGAGUGAUGACUCUUCUGAAUCGUGUCCUCCGGUAGAAAAAUCUCCAACACAAUCUGAACCACAAAGACACCCGAUGCCUACAGUACCAACUCCUCCACCACAAAAUCCACCAACGACUACUAACCCUUCGACACCCUCAAAAUCGGCUUUCUCUUCUGAACCUUCACACGCAACUCCUCCUCAUCAAAAACGGAGAUCGUUAAAUGACAUUGUUUCUCCUUCUCCAAACCAAAAAGAACCACUCUCUCAACCAAAACCUCCAUCUAAACCCAUGAGAACCAAAAACACAAUCACUAUUGCUCAGUUUCUUGCUCGAAAAAAUCUCCCAAAUCCUCAAAGAAAGAAAACGCUUGCCCCAAAACAAAACCUAAAAAACAGUCAGAAACCAACUUCUCCAGAACAAGAACGUUCUCCAACUGCUCCUCCACAAGAAUGUUCACCACCACAAGAACAUUCUCCAAUUGCCCCUCCACCAAAAUCUUCUCCACAAAAGAAUUCCAAACGAUCUUCCCCUAUAUCCACAUCCUCUGAUUCUGAACCAUCUCCCCCAACUAAGAAACCAAAACAGAAUGCUCCUCCUCUAAUCUCCCUUCACCAUACGAAUGCUCUUGGAUGGACUUCAUUCUUAAAGAUCUCUGAAUCCUUUUUCCCAGAAGUCGUUCGUGCAUUCUAUUGCAAUGCCAAAACCUUUGCUGACAAAUCUCUUUUUAUCUCAAAAAUAAAGGGAGUAGAAAUCAGAUUGACUCCAGACAUUUUGGCCAACAUUCUUCAGCUUCCAACAGAAGGGCCAUCUGUCUAUGGUGACAACUGGUAUUCAGCUCUGGGUCUUAGAAAGACAGAUGUUCAGGCUGAGCUAUUUGAAGAAAACUCCACACGUUAUUUAGCCAUUUACUUAAAGCCUCUUCCUAAAAUCUUCAACAAUAUGUGUCAACAUACUCUACUUCCACAUUGUGGAAGUCAUGAGUACGUUUCUGAUAAUAACGCCUUGCUCAUCUAUCAUAUGUUAAACUGCAAGAGAUUGAACUUACCUCAUGUUAUUCUCCAGCACAUGAUCUGUGCAGCCCAGAAAGAUUACAAAAAGAAUAUUGUGCCUUAUGGCAUGGUCCUGACUAAAAUCUUCAGGCAUUUUGGAGUAUCUCUUGCAUCUGAAAAAUCCUUGAUCAAAAUUUCCAAGUUUUCCACCAAAAAUUUAUCUCAUAUGCGAAACACCACCUCUGCUCCAACAACUACUCUUCCAUCCUGUCCCAUUUCUCUCAAAAGGAAGAGAUCAGACGGAAGACGACCUUCCAGAAAUUUUGUUUCUCUUUCUUCUCCUUCUACUGAUCCCAAGGCAAUCUCAGACAAAACUCCUACACCAGAACGUUCUCCACCCCCUCCAGAACGUUCUCCAGAACAUAUCCCAUCACAUCCCACUCUUUUUGCUCAAACAUCUGGCGCUAUCCCUUCACAUAUUCCCUCUUUUUCUCAACCACCUCACUACCCUACACAUGACUUUAGUACUCUCUUAUCUAAUCCUCUUCUGUCUACCAUGUCUCCACUAUUUGUUUCACCACAGAAAACCAGUUCUUCCAUUUUUGGAAUAAGUCAGUUUUUGAACUUUCCCGCUCCUGCUGACCACUCUACCUCAUCUGUUGGCCCUUUACCAUCACAUCAAAUUUAUGCAUUUUACUACAAAUAA